AUUGAAACUGACCAACUUUGAGUGGGACUUUGGGCCGGAAGGGGUGUGGCCGGAAAGGAAGGCGGGGUGAAUGACGCGAUUCCGGUUUCCGGCCAUUGAUGCCAACCGCCCCGGGGGUAUAUGGCGGGAUUGCUGCAGCUGCCGCCGCUCACUGUAAUCGGGCCGGUCGUCCGCUCCUACGCCGUCUUCUCGAAAGGUCUGAGCCGGACUCUCCUCACCUUCUUCGACCUGGCCUGGAGGCUCCGCCUCAGGUUCCCCUACCUCUACCUGAUCGCCUCCCUGAUGCUGAACGUCCGCCUACAGGUUCCCCUACCUCUACCUGAUCGCCUCCCUGAUGCUGAACGUCCGCCUACAGGUCCAUAUUGAGAUUCACUAGUUCUGAGGUGUUUUGUUAGAGAUGAUCUAAUACUGGAACUACAAAUUUAAUGCUUAAUCAGCACACACUACCAGCUAAUGCCAGUACUUCAGGAUAUGUGGAGUGUGGAAGAACUGAAGAAUAUUGGCUGUGCUUCCCAUCUUGGAAUUAAAGAUGGUGGUGAAGGCUCUUCCAAUGAAAGCAGAUAUGGGAAUGAUGCUUACGAUCAUGAUACAACUAAUGAUGGUCACAUAUUUCGCACACAGCCACAGGAUUUUAACUCUCUCUUUGGGGCAACCUUGCUGAAAAGAGCCUGGCCUGAUGUUAUGCUGAAGCAUGUUCUGUUACUCCAAGUUGUCAGGAAUGAGCCUACUCUUUUCAGAAGGUGGCACAUUUUCCAUCAUUGUUUUGAAUCAGUUUUUCAGACAGUCCAUUACUCUCUAGAUUUGGAGAGGGGAAAGAGAAAUCCAGAUGCAAUGUUUACUCAAAAUGCCCUGAUAAUUGACUGUCUACUGAGAGCCAUUCGGUCUUUAAAGAUGUUUGGAAUGUGGGUUUACGUAGGGGAAGUGUUUGUGCACUUUACACAUUUCUGGUUGUUUGAGAGGCCAUCUGACUGCAAAGCAAAUUGGCUACAAUUCAAGAAUCUGAAAGACAAAUUAAGUUUUUCACUUGUAUGUGGAUUCGAUGUGAGGAAGAAGUGUCCUUGGGAUCUGACUGGCAUCUUUUCUAUGUUUUGCAAAUAUCCGAUGCAUCUUGUGCAAACUAGCUGACCCUUUUAUGUUUCUCGAGCUGCUGACUUUGGAGUGCAUUCUUGAAUAAGAAAAACUGUCGCCUGAUUUGAAAUGUUCACCUUGCAAUGCAGUGGACAUUCGUAAUAAGGGCUCUUGGUCUUGCUGUUGUGUGGCAUGCUGUGCUUAAAGGUAAAUUAAAGUUAUCCAGUAAAAAUACUGCAAUUAUAAGAGCUUUCCAAGUACACUUCAGUUUGUGUGUGCAGUCUUUAUCUAAUAACUUUUUGGUGUAAAAAUGAUUUAAGUGGCCAUUUUUUUUCAAGUUUGGCAUCAGAAAUGUGGCGUUGUGAUGGUUUUUUUUUAAGAUUUUUAUAUUUAUCCCUGCAAAAAGAAAGAAAAGUGAAGAAUAUUCUGGCAGGACUAUCUGACAGGCAGUCCUUCCAUGACUGUAUUGUCCAUUGCUGAAGAGUAAUCUCUGGCCUAUUCUCCACAUCUUGGAGUCAGAAAGUAUCAAAUCUGUACCUUGGUGUCAGGUUCUUGAGCAAUGGAAAUUCCAAGAUAGUAGAGAACUUAUGAACUCAGUGGAUUUGGGGCCUCUACCUCAUAAUUUUUGGCAAAACACAUUUCAAAUGUGUCAAACGAGACCGCCCAUAAACCUUCCUUACUACUGUUGAAGACUGACAGUACUCUCGCCUGUUACAGUCAUGGAAGGAGCAAUCCCAUUAUGCUGAUGAUCAACCUACCAGUUUUUCUUGCUACUUCAACAAGGUUUGAUGAUUUUUGUUAUGGGAGUCAAGCUUGCACAGGGAUAACCGCAGCACCAGGGUGAAGGAUCUGAGGCAAUUAAGUUUUAUUUACUGAAGACAUUAUGAAACCACAUUAACAGCGUGUAUUUGACUUGUUGCACAAAUACAUUGUGCGGUUAACACAACACAUAACACUAAUGGUAUUUUAAGGGCUCAGCAUGAAGCUGCUUGUGCCUUUUGUUUUAAACCUGAUACAUAGAGGGUAAAAAUAAAAAUGCCAAAUACAAGAAGUGUGAAAUAGAAACCAACUUGUAAAAAUGAUAACAAAGAAAGCAGAUUAAACACUCUCUCUAGGGUUGAAAUUUGUUGAAAUAGUAGUGAAUGUUUCUCUUUGCAGCUUCUCUGUUUACCUGCCCCUGCCUAACACAGCAUCUCGCACUCUCUCUCACUCUCUCACUUGCUUGUUCAAAGGCUGCUGUUAUAGUUCUAUCUACUUACUCCAAUUCUGAUUUGAGUUGCUGGCUACAAAGGAUUGGGGCAGGAAAUAUGUGUGCAGAAUCAGAGGGUACUUUUUGUCUCCGCAGUCUUCCCUUCUGUCUGCCUGCUGCUUGUAGUAAGAGACUUCAGGUUCAGGGGUCUGAGCAGCUUGAGAGGUUCAAGAUUUCUACUUCCAUUGGGCCUCUUAUACAGGCAAUUUUAAUUUUAAUAAAUUGUCCUGGUAGACAAAAUCUUGUCCUCCUGGCAGGCUAAUGCUUUCACUUGGUAUUUCACCAUCUUCAAAAUACACUUCUUCCCACUUUACGGUAAUUCAUUUAGAGAACUAGCUAACAACAUCUUUUGUUUUCAGUAAAGUAUUUGUUAGUGUUUAUUUUUAUGUAUGAACAAGCAUUAGUUUUUGUUUGUAAUUACUUCAUUUACAUCACUUCCUCUAUAAGGGUAGACAGUUCCACAGCUGCAGGAAAUCCUGACCAGGGUGCUAUUUUCAUUGGAGGUUGUAUAGCCCAUUAGACCAUGAAAUCUGAUUAUAUGAACAGGACAAUACCAUGUCCCUUGAACCCAUGCCGACAGGCUUUUGCCUUGGCUACAUUUCCCCUUCAUAACCCUAACUCCUUUUCCUUAUUUAUUGGCCAAAUAAUGUCUCAUUGUAAAGUAUACUCAAUGACGGAACAUCCAUGACACUUUUGGAUGAAAAUUUACAAAAGCAAUCAUACCCUUCGAGUGAAGAAAUUCCACCUCUUCCUGCUGUAAAUUGCUAAUUUUCCUCAUCCUGAGAUGAUACUCCAGUUCUAGACUUUUACAGCCAUGAAAAACAGCUUUUGCUUUAUCAAACCCUCAAAGAAUUUUAACUUCAUUUAGAUCACCUCAUAUCCUCCUCAAUCCCUGAGUGUAUAUGCUGCUUCUAUCCUAACUCUCUUUGGGACAGCUUACUCGUUCCAAGAAUCAGUCUGAUGACUCAUCACUACACCACUUGUGAGGCAAGUAUCUUUUUGUAAGGAAACAAAUUGUACACUUGAAGUAUAGUCCUAGUAUAGCGAAUUGGAUCAGUGGAUAGCGAAUUGACAUGCAGAGGGAAUGCUUUUCUGCGUCUUGACUUGAUUUGUUCCUGGGAUGAACGGUUUAAGGCUGAAUAGAUUAGAUCGUUGGACUUUAGACGAAUGAGCGGUGCUCUUACAGAUAUGCAUAAGGUCUUGAGGGUACUGGAUAGGGUGGAUACACAUUGGGUCUUUCUUGUGGGGGAGAGUAAGGCGAAAGGGUUUGGUUAAGAACAAGCUAGAGAUGAGAACCUUUUUCUGAGGGUUUUGUGUGGAUUUUGUUUUUUGUCAGGAGAUGGCAGACGCUGGGCCUUUAAAUUUAUUCAAGGUUGUUAGACUUUGGAUGGAUAAAGAACCUGAGGGCAACGGAGGACAAAGUGAAACUGAGACCACAACCAAAUCAGCCAAGAUUUUAUUGAAUUGUGGAAUAGACUAAACAGGCUGAAUGGCCUGCUCUGACUCCUAUGUUCCUUUUUUAACAUACUGAAUCAGUGCAGGUAUUCUAGUCAAUAUUGAUUGACAUUGAUGCCAAUUUUACAGCUGACUCUCCUUUAAUCCUCGUUCUGCGGUACAUGCCUAUGAUGCAAAUUGACAUGUAAGUUUCAAAAAGUAUUGGUGUUUCUAUGGAAACUAAUUAUGAAAUAAAAGCUUUUUAAAAUCUUUUCUCCUUGGAAAUUAAACCUUUAAUUAUAGAGGAAGAAUGACAUCCAGUCCAACUGCUUCAUCUCUUUUCAAUGCUAUUAAUUUAUUCUUAACAUCUUUUCAGCUUUCUUUGAGUAAACCAAGCACGCGUUUUGUUGACAAAUAUUUACGAACAUUGAAAAGUUAGGCAAAACAGUGAAAUAAUUUCCAAACAGAAAAAAAUUAAGGUUCAAGUGAAUUGGCAGAAGACAGGAGAUAAUCAGAGGAGGAUGUGCCAUUGUAAUUCUGUGAAUUGUGAAGCCAUCAAUUUGUUUGUAUUUAUGAUGAAACUGUGGAUAUAAAUGUGUCACACAGAUAUAAACCCUUCUUCCAGUGAUGCUCAUGGGCCGGAACUGAUGGGAAGGCAUAGUUGGAAUGACACAGUUCACAUUAAUUGUGGCCAUAGGAAUUUAAAUCAAAAAGUUAAUGAGAAAUAGAUGCAAUUGUAAAAUUUAACAUAAUAAUAUAGAUAAUUCAACAAGAUUUUAUUUUGAUUAUUUAUUCUCUCAUUUUCAUUGUUGGGGGUAUGUACCUAGGAUACUAGAAGUGCUGAAGACCCAAGCUUUAAUGUGUGAGAGCUCGACGUGAGGCGCAGUAACUAAAAUGAACAUCAAUUUUAAAUCCCAAUCCUGUCAUGUGUUCACAAACAUACUAUGCUGCAAAGCUCAAUAGGGCAGGAAUUGGAAUGAAUAGCAGGUGCCCCUCCCCAUCCUGUCCACUUUCAGCUGAAGUCCAGAAUGCUGAAGAUAAUCCCCACUUUAGUUGAGAUCCACUAACACCAUGGAUUGAAUGAACGCUGAUCCUCAGUCAGGCUUUGAAUUGCUCUGGGUGCAGUAUAGUUCUUUGUCAAACAUUUUGUUCAUAUGUUUUAGAUUUGCCAAAUAUUGUAUACUUUAUUAUCAUCCAUUAUGUGAUUUAAGUGACAAAUUUAAGGAUUUGUUUGGAAAUCUGAUUUAUGUAUAAUUUGAUUCAUAAUAUGUACAUAAUUAAUUUUAGAAUAACUGACUGUUAGGAUGAAUUUUCCCUCUAUUUAAAAAUGUGUGUAAUAAAAUGUACCUGUCGUCCUAAAUCAAGGCUGUUGUGAGGCAUCUGUGAGUUGUCAUCUU